AUGAAUCAAUUAGAUUGGUUAUGUGAUUCAUGUGAUGUAGAUGGAUGGCAUUUGGGUAAUGUUGUUAUAACAUAUACUGCACUUAAUGCAUUAAAACAUCAAGCUAUAGGUGGUAAAGGAUCUUAUGAUAGAUUGCGUAAUAGAUGUCGUAAUAAUACUAGUAUAGAGCAACAACAACAUCAACAAGAAGAAGAGAAAGAGGCAACAACUGCGAAGUUCUCAUCAUCAUCAUCACUUGAUAACAGUAUAACAUCCAAUUUCUAUGUAUUCGCCAAUGAGCAUUGCCGUGACACUUUUGUGGAGCGGCAGUCUGAAGUCGAUAAUGACAAGAGGGAUAUAUAUUGUACUGUCAAGGUUGCACAAUGGUAUGAUAAUCAUUUGGGUAUACCUAAUGCAUCAUUAAUCCUAUGUAAUGAUGAUAAAUGUAAACAAAUAGCUUUGGAUAUGGGAUAUAAUAACAUAAUCACUUGUGAGCAACUAUGUGAUAAUAAGUUACAUAGUAUAUAUCCAACAUGUUCAGAGAAGUUAGCAUUACCAUCUAGUGCUACAGUAGUGAUGAAUAAUGUACCUGACAAUAUGGCUGAAGAUGGAGGAUAUACGGGUCAUUAUCAUCGUAGUGUUAUAACAAAAGGACUCCAAAAUGGUACACUACACCAGGGUAUACUCAGAUGUUCAGUAAGUUCAUGGCAAAGAGGUAAAGUAGUAGUAGUAUCAAGUAAGAAUAAGGAGAUACAUCUAAUGAUCAAAGGAAGAUUCAAUAUUAAUCGUGCUGUUGAUGGGGAUGUAGUAGCCGUUGAGGAGAUACACACUCCUACAUCAACAUCAUCAAAUGAUGAUGGCGAUGAUGAUGAUAAUGUUGCCGUACUACCAACUAGUGGUGCGGAGGCUAUGGAGGAGAGAGUAUUAGAGGAGGAAUCUACAACUCCAGAAGGAGGUAUUAUCGAGAAGGAGGGACGAGUUGUUGGUAUAAUAAAACGUAAUUGGAGGGAAUAUGCUGGUACUCUGAGACCAAUACAACAAGAAGAAGAAGAGCAACCACAACAAGGAGAUAAGCAGCAUGGUGGGGGUAUGAUUGGGUACAGUAAGAUAGAGAGAAUAUUUAUACCUGCUAAUCCUCGUAUACCUAAUAUAAGGAUAGUUACUAAACAUAGUAAUGAUCUUGAUAAUAUGAGAAUAUGUGUAGUUAUGGAUACAUGGGAUAGGACAUCUAGACUACCACAAGGUCAUUGGAGUCGUAUAUUGGGCAGAUGUGGUGAAAGGGAUACUGAAUCAUCAGUUAUAUUGCAUGAACAUAAUGUUAUUACUAGAGACUUCUCGGAUGAUGUUAUGAGAUGUCUACCUCCUAAGGAUUUCCAACCAGAUGAAGAGGAGAUAUCCCGUAGAUUGGAUUUAAGAAAUGUUACGGUAUGUAGUAUAGAUCCACCAGGUUGUAAGGAUAUUGAUGAUGCACUAAGCUGUGAGGUUCUAGAUAAUGGUAAUUGGCGUAUAGGAGUACAUAUAGCUGAUGUAACACACUUUGUACAUCCUAAUACAGCUAUUGAUAAGGAAGCUGCUGAGAGAUGUACUACAGUAUAUCUAGUUGAAAGAAGGACUGAUAUGUUACCAAGUCUUCUUACUACUGAUUUAUGUAGUCUAGUCGGUGGUAAGGAUAGAUUAUGCUUCUCGGUAUUAUGGGAAUUUCAACUUAAUAAGAAGAAUGGAAAUGAAGAAGUAUUAAAGAUAGUGAAUACCCAAUUCCAUAAGGCUAUUAUUAACUCUAAUGCUGCAUUAAGUUAUGCUGAAGCACAAGCACGUAUUGAUGAUAAGAAUGAUAAUUCGGAUCUAACUCAAAGUAUUAGACGUCUAUUAAAGGCAGCGAUGAUUAUUAGACGUAAACGUAUGGCUGGUGGUGCAUUAGAAUUAGCAAGUCAAGAAGUACGAUUUGAAUUGGAUUCCGAGACUAGUGAUCCUACUGAUGUUGCUGAGUAUACUAUGAAGGAUACCAAUAGACUUGUUGAGGAAUUCAUGUUAUUAGCUAAUACAUCAGUAGCUGAACAAAUAUUAAAGCAUUUCCCUAGUAAUAGUGUCCUUCGUCGUCAUCCACCUCCAAAAGAACAGCAAUUGAAAUCAUUAAGAUCAUUACUUGAGAAGCAAGGUGUAAAGGGAUUCCAGUUUGGUAGUAAUAGAGAGUUAUCUAGAAGCCUUAAUACAGUAUGUAAUAAGAAGGAUGAUCCUUACUUCAAUAGGUUAGUGAGGAUAAUGACUACCAGGACGAUGAAUCAAGCACAGUAUUUCUGUACUGGUGAAGUUGAGAAUGGUAUGUUCUCACAUUAUGGUCUGGCAAUGGGUUUAUAUACCCACUUUACUAGUCCUAUUAGACGUUAUGCUGAUAUUCUAGUUCAUCGUCUAUUAAUGGCGUCCUUGGGUAUUAGACCACUACCACCACAACUUAAUGACAAGACUGCUGUUAUUGAGCAAUGUGAUAAGAUCAACUUUAGACAUCGUAAUGCACAGUUUGCAGGAAGAGCAUCUGCCGAGUUACAUACUUAUCUAUACUUUAAUAAGAAUGGUCCAUGUACAGCGGAUGCUGUUAUCACUCGUGUUAGAGCAAGAAUAGGAGGACUACGACGAGGAGGGGGUAGUCUACAGGUUGUAGUACCUAGAUAUGGUAUUGAUGGGGUAUGUAAAUUGGAUGAUAAUAAUAAAGAUGAUGAUGAAUGGAUAUGUGAUGAGGAUAAGAUGAUUGCUGUUAAUGAUAAGUCUAAGAUAACUCUUGCUGUAUUUGAUCAUAUACAAGUUAAGAUUAUGGCUGAUAAUACUGACUUUAGAUUCAAGACAGUAAUGACAUUCCUGGAAAAGUCCAAAUCGAAUGAGAUAGACACAUUCGAAGAAGCAGAGGCUAAUAGGAAGAAGGUUGAUAAAGAGAUGUGUCCAGACAGGAUAUCAAGAGAUGAUAAACCCAAUGUAUAAUCAUCAUAAUAUUAACAAGGCUAUUGACAAUAGCAAUACCACCGGCUUAUCAUACGUAAUAAUCGAUUAUUAUACGUCUGCUCGCUACAAGUUGGGAAGAAGAAGAAG